AUCUCCUUUAUAAGAAGAACCACGAAGUUGAACUUGCUUGCUUACUGCAUUUGCGCACUUCCAGAGUCCAAAAUGACGCAGCCUGUUGUCGUAAAGAACAUGUCCUUCAAAGCGGGGCAGACCCUGACCAUCACGGGUGUGGCCAACGCUAAGGCCACCGGUUUCGCCAUCAACGUGGGGCACGAGAAGGACAUCGCCCUGCACAUGAACGCUCGCUUCGACGCCCACGGCGACCAGCGCACCGUCGUCUGCAACUCCUACCAGGGAGGGAAGUGGUGCGAGGAGGUGCGCGAUGCCAGCUUCCCCUUCCAGCAGGGGAAGGAGUUUAAGCUCCUGGUCACCUUCAACGCUAAGGAGUUCCAGGUGACCCUGUCCGACGGUAAAGUGAUUAGAUUCCCCAACCGCCUGGGCGAUUCCAAGUACCAGCACCUGAAGUUUGAGGGCGAGGCCAGGAUCCAGGGCCUGGAGGUCAAGUAGACCGGCCGCGGGGGUGGAUCCACUGCCAGUCCGGCCACCGAUCGGGCAGUUCUGCUUCCCUGGCCGGCUGCUUAUUGGCUGCCCAUGCUCCCACAGACCCGCCCGUUGUCUGCCAUAUGCAGCUUUUAACCUGUGUGCUUUUUUUUCAGGGGGGGGUGUCAGAUUUCUGAGAACAAGCUUAGGUCCGUAGUCCGUAUCUGGUCUAAUUGUUUGUCCCUAACAGCAAAUUGUCCCUUUCUUGUUUACAUUUUUGCUAACUGGGUAAGGUAGGCAUAUUUUCGGAGGUACAUGAAUAAUUUUAGCAGAAGUACACAGAGCAGCUGUCAAUCAUCAUGGCAGCAUGGGGGGGGGCUUCUCCUGUUCAGCUGGCUUCUCUGAGCUUGUGGGAGUCAUUCCAUGUUUGUUACUACACUUUUUAAAUAAAGACGCAUUUGCAUGCCACA